CUGAAGAGAAAGGAUACGACGUUCGAUGAUGGUGUCCCGGAAAGGACGAAGAGAAGGCGGUCGAUACGGGAUAGCUUACGUGUCAAGCGAGAGAGCUUUUCGUUCCUCAAAAACAAACCUCCUGCUCCAGAUACCUUUGCUUUUGGUGCUUCUCCCAGCUUGUAUGAAACGCCUGAGAAGAGUAGGCCCCCAGCAACAACACCAGACGAGCGACUCGAAGUCUCUGUGGAUGCACCGCCAGAAGGGGACAGCGCGCUCGUGAGCAGCCCAUUGGGAGAGACGAACAGCGAGGGCUUGAAUGCGGCUGCUGGGGGAAGUAGGCAGAGCUUGAGCAGUUCAAAGCGGCCGACGAUCAAGCAUACGAAUAGUGCGCCGUCACGGUCGAAUGCUAGUUCUAUAAGGAGCGAGUCUGGAUCUGUGAACCCCUCUCAAGAAUCUUCAUCGCAGCGCAAGUCAAUGACAGGGCUCAGAGAAUCAGUGGACGGGCAUCGCCGUCAUGAUCAAGGGUCACCUUCGAAACACCGACAUGAACACAAGCAUCAUCAUCACAGUCUCAUUUCAAAGCUUAUUCCUGGUCAUGGAGGAGACAAGGCGAUGGAUAAAUUGGAAAAGUUGACGUUGUUGGAAGAUAUUGCCGUGCCGCAAGAGUGGUUGACUGGUGUAGUCAUGAUCAAGAUUUCCGAUAGAGGCGAGAAGAGAAGAGGCUUUAGAAUUGAUCCAGAUCAAGGGUUGAUUCUCUGGGAUUCCAAGAGUGCCAAUAUCAUCAUGAUUGAAAAUAUCAAAGAGCUCCGAAAAGGCGAAA